CGGAGUCACCUCCUCUUUACGCGGCAGGCUUGUCCGCUGGCAGAUGCCUCCUCCCGCCCAGGAUGAAGAUGUGAGGCGAGGAACUGCUCCUGCUCAUCCAAUUUAACCAGUAAUGCCAUUCAAUUGCCAAUAUCAAGCAAAGCAAACAUAAGCCAGUUUUAAUCUGCUAAGAAACGUGGUAAUCCUUUCACAGUGCCUGAGUGAUUGCAUGAGAGAGUGAGGGCUCAGCUCCCAGAAGCCAGAGAAGUCAUCAUGAAGUUAUAUGUAUUUCUGGUUAACACUGGAACUACUCUGACAUUUGACACUGAACUUACAGUGCAAACUGUGGCCGACCUCAAGCAUGCCGUCCACAGCAAGUACAAGAUCGCCAUCCCGCACCAGGUGCUGGUGGUCAACGGCGGCGAGUGCAUGGCCGCCGAGCGGAGGGUCUGCACCUACAGCGCCGGCACGGACACAAAUCCCAUUUUCCUUUUCAACAAAGAAAUGAUCUUGUGUGACCGCCCGCCCACUAUUCCUAAAACCACCUUUUCAACAGAAAAUGACAUGGAAAUAAAAGUGGAAGAGUCUCUCAUGAUGCCGGCAGUGUUUCACACUGUUGCUUCAAGGACACAACUUGCAGUGGAGAUGUACGAGGUGGCCAAGAAGCUGUGCUCCUUCUGCGAGGGGCUGGUGCACGACGAGCACCUGCAGCACCAGGGCUGGGCCGCCAUCAUGGCCAACCUGGAGGACUGCGCCAGCUCCUACCAGCGGCUGCUCGCCAAGUUCGAGAGCGCCUACGCCGGCUACCUGCAGUCCAUCGAGGACAUCAAGCUGAAGCUCACGCACUUAGGAACUGCGGUGUCCGUGAUGGCGAAGAUCCCGCUGCUCGAGUGCCUGACCCGACACAGCUACCGCGAGUGUCUGGGGAGACUGGACUCCGUGUCUGAGCACGAGCGCCCCGAGAAGGCCGCGCUGAGAACCUCCGCUGAACUGGUGCUUUCCCCUGAGACGCCUCGGACAGCCGACCGGUCCCCGGCCACCUCGUUCCCCAGGGCCGGGGACCCCGGCGCCCCCGAGGCGGCCGAUGCCGGAAGCGGGAAGGAAGUCGGGGAGUCUGGCCAGAGUCCGCUCCCGCAGGAGGACGCCGCGGCGGCGGAGGCGCAGGACGGGGGUCUGCCUCUGUUCAACGUCUCCCUGCUCGACUGGAUAAACGUGCAGGAUCGACCCAACGACGUGGAGUCUCUGGUCAGAAAGUGCUUCGAUUCUAUGAGCAGGCUUGAUCCGAGGAUCAUUCGGCCCUUUAUAGCAGAGUGCCGUCAGACUAUCGCCAAACUUGAUAACCAGAACAUGAAAGCCAUCAAAGGGCUGGAGGACCGCCUGUACGCCCUGGACCAGAUGAUCGCCAGCUGCAGCCGCCUGGUGAACGAGCAGAAGGAACUCGCUCAGGGAUUUUUAGCUAAUCAGAUGAGAGCUGAAAACUUGAAAGAUGCGUCUGUAUUACCUGAUUUGUGCUUGAGUCAUGCGAAUCAGCUGAUGAUUAUGUUACAAAAUCAUAGAAAACUGUUGGAUAUUAAACAGAAGUGUACCACUGCCAAACAAGAACUAGCUAAUAACCUUCACGUCAGACUGAAGUGGUGUUGCUUUGUGAUGCUUCAUGCCGACCAGGAUGGAGAGAAACUGCAGGCUUUGCUCCGCCUCGUGAUCGAGCUGUUGGAAAGAGUCAGAAUCGUCGAAGCUCUGAGUACAGUUCCACAGAUGUACUGCUUAGCUGUCGUCGAGGUAGUCAGGAGGAAAAUGUUCAUAAAACACUACAGGGAGUGGGCUGGUGCUUUAGUGAAGGAUGGAAAGCGAUUAUAUGAAGCUGAAAAGUCAAAAAGGGAGUCCUUUGGGAAACUAUUCAGGAAAUCUUUCCUAAGAAAUCGCCUGUUUAGGGGAUUGGACUCCUGGCCUCCCUCCUUUUGUACUCAGAAGCCUCGAAAGUUUGACUGUGAACUUCCAGAUAUUUCAUUGAAAGAUUUACAGUUCCUGCAAUCAUUUUGUCCCUCAGAAGUUCAGCCAUUCCUCAGGGUCCCUUUACUCUGUGACUUUGAACCGCUACACCAGCACGUUCUCGCGCUCCACAACCUGGUCAAGGCAGCCCAGAGUUUGGACGAGAUGUCCCAGACCAUCACAGACCUGCUGAGUGAACAAAAGGCGUCCGUGGGUCCGACUUCCCCCCAGUCCGCCUCCUCGCCCCGGAGGGAAAGCGCGCCGGGGACCACAACUACUACCUCACCGAGAAGCCCUCCUCCGCUCACUGUCCAGGACCCCCUGUGCCCUGCGGUCUGCCCCCUGGAAGAGUUGUCUCCGGACAGCAUCGACGCACAUACCUUUGACUUUGAGACCAUCCCCCACCCCAACAUAGAGCAGACGAUUCACCAGGCGUCCUUAGACCUGGACUCCUUAGCCGAGAGCCCCGAGUCGGACUUCAUGUCUGCGGUGAACGAGUUCGUGAUAGAGGAGAACCUUUCGUCCCCGAACCCCAUCAGCGACCCGCAGAGCCCAGAGAUGAUGGUGGAGUCCCUGUACUCGUCGGUCAUCAACGCAAUAGACAGCAGGCGCAUGCAGGAUACGAACGUGUGUGGGAAGGAGGAUUCGGGAGACCACGCUCUCACCGCCCGGCUGGAGAGAUGCCGCGCGGUGGCCCACGACUCUCACUUCAGCAUCCAGACCAUUAAGGAGGACCUCUGCCACUUCCGAACAUUGGUGCAGAAAGAGCAGUGUGACUUCUCGAAUUCUCUCAAGUGCACAGCUGUAGAAAUACGGAACAUUAUUGAGAAAGUCAGAUGCUCCCUGGAAGCAACACUAACGGGAAAGCACCAGCGCGAACUACAGUCUUUGAAGAGUGAGUACGAAGGUAAACUCGAGACACUACUGAAGGAGAGCGAGGAAAGCGAAAACAAAAUCAAAAAAUUGAAAGGCGAGCUGGUCUGCCUCGAGGAGGUCUUGCAGAACAAAGAUAACGAGUUUGCGCUGGUGAAGCACGAAAAAGAAGCCGUCAUCUGCCUGCAGACCGAAAAGGAGCAGAAGCUACUAGAGAUGGAGAAGAUCAUGCAGACGCAAGACCGCGAGAUCAGCGAGCUCCGGCAGUCCCGGGCCACGGCGCUGGAAGACUUGAAGAAGGCGCAGGCGGAGAACGCCGAGAAGCUGGCGCUGCUGAGGGCGGAGCUCGGGAGCCUGGAGCAGAGCCGCCUCCGGGAGCUGGAGGACAGCCUGCAGGGCCGGCACGCCCAGGAGCUCGAGCGGGCCCGCGCCGACCACCGGGAGUCCCUGGAGGAGCUGAGGCGGGACAGCCAGCAGCGGAUCGAGCAGAUCCAAGCGUCCCACGCCGCCGCCACGCAGGAGAAGGAGCAGCAGCUGCAGGAGCUGAAGCGGAAGGUCUCCAGCCUGUCCGACACGAGGUGCAAGCUCGAGGUGGAGCUGGCGCUGAAGGAAGCCGAGACGGAUGAGAUGAAGAUGCUGCUGGAAGAGAGCAAAGCCCAGCAGAAGGAGACCCUGAAGUCCCUCCUGGCGCAGGAGACGGAGAACCUGAGAACGGAAAUCGGCCAGCUUCGCCAGAAGAUCCAGGAUAACAACGAGAGCUAUCAGGUGGGCCUGGGGGAGUUGAGGACUUUGAUGACCAUCGAGAAAGAUCAGUGCAUUUCAGAGUUGAUCAGCAGACACGAAGAAGAGUCCGAUCUGCUUAAAGCGGAGCUAAGCAAGGUGACCUCUUUGCAUCAUCAAGCCUUUGAGAUAGAAAAGAAGCUGAAAGAAGAGAUCGGCGAACUGCAGAGAAAAUUGGACUCCGAGUUGAAAGCUCUUGAAAAACAGAAAGAUGAAAAAAUGAGCCAACAAGAAGAGAGGUACGAAGCUAUCAUCCAGAAACUGGAGAAAGACAGAGAGGGGUUUGUCGUGAGCCAGGAACAGGACAGAGAACAGCUGAUUCAGAAGCUCACCGGUGAGAAGGAAGAAGCAGUUCAGGCUGCCCUCAAGGAAUUUAAAUUGGAGCGAGAAGCGGUUGAGAAAGAGUUGUUAGAAAAAGUUAAGCACCUUGAGACUCAGAUAGCAAAAAGUCCUGCCGUCGAGUCUGCUAGAGAAGAUUCUGUAAGCUUAGUUGCUGAACUUCAAGAAAAGCUUCAGGAAGAAAAAGCUAAAUUUUUAGAACAACUUGAAGAGCAGGAGAAAAGAAAGAAUGAGGAAAUGCAGAAUGUCCGAACAUCUUUGAUCGCAGAACAGCAGACCAACUUCAACACCGUUCUCACCAGAGAGAAAAUGAAGAAAGAAAACAUCAUCAACGACCUCAGUGACAAGCUCAAGACCACGAUGCAGCAGCAGGAGCGGGAUAAAGAUCUGAUCGAGUCGCUGUCCGAAGACCGGGCGCGCUUGCUGGAGGAGAAGAAGCAGCUGGAGGAGGAAGUCAGCAGGCUGCGCGGGAGCAGCCUGGGCCCCCCCUACGGCGCCUCGGCCCCCGAGCUCUGCGGGGCCUGCGCCCCGCCGCUGCCCUGCGAGGCCGAGGACGGGAGAGUGGACUCCGCGAUGGACACCAGCACGAUGUCUGUGCAAGAAAAUAUCCAUAUGCUUUCUGAAGAGAAACAGAGGAUAAUGCUUUUAGAACGAACGUUACAGUUGAAAGAAGAAGAAAACAAGCGGCUGAACCAGCGGCUGAUGUCGCAGAGCAUGUCUUCAGUGUCUGCGCGGCACUCGGAGAAGAUCGCCAUUCGAGAUUUCCAGGUGGGGGAUCUCGUCCUCAUCAUCCUCGACGAACGCCACGACAACUACGUGUUAUUCACCGUCAGUCCCACCUUGUACUUCCUCCAUUCAGAGUCGCUGCCCGCCCUGGACCUCAAGCCGGGCGAGGGGGCUUCAGGUGCAACUAGAAGACCCUGGGUGCUUGGGAAAGUCAUGGAGAAGGAAUACUGUCAGGCCAAAAAGGCACAAAACAGAUUCAAAGUUCCUCUGGGGACAAAGUUUUACAGAGUGAAAGCUGUGUCCUGGAAUAAGAAAGUAUAACUCGCAGGCGGAAAAGAAAUCCCUGUGUUCUGUGACAUUUUCUGAUCUGUUCUGCUGCGCUCUUUCGUCACUCCACACAUAGCAGCCGUCUUUUGACACGAACGUCACCCGGACAGUAGACUUCAUGGGCGUGACACCAUUGGCUUUUUAACUGGCGACGUCUUAGGAACAACACGUUCAUCAAAACUCAUGGCUGAAUUGAAAUGGUUUUGUUUUUGUUUCUGUCUUCUACCCGGAUAACUCUAGAACCGCGGACCAAACUAGUUCAUUCUCUCAAAGGGCAUACCUUGUGCAUCGUGGCUCCUAACUGGCCAUAUUAAUUGCCUGUUACAUAAACACAUUAGCGUGAACUUAGAGAUUAAUGUUAGUUCUUAUUACCAGCAUCUGUCCUUUCGUGGAAUCAAUAUCAGAAAACUUGCACUCUUUAACCCAUUCUUUAUACAGCGUGUAAAUUCUUCAGGCUCUACAAAGGAGGAGUGUUAUUGCAUGCAGAUAAUCAUAACUUUGAGUUUGCCUCUGUAGAUUACUAAAGCAAAUCGUUUUAUUUUUUUAAAUGCCCUUUGAUGUUUGAGAACAUAAAGGAACUCUAACUUGAUUGGGCUGAUCGGAACAUCAGCUGUAAUCAGCAAUCUCCAAAAGCACUUUCAGUGGCUUGGUCGCUGGGGCGGCAAGGGAAGGCCUGCUUUGAGUUUCAAAGGCAGCACAUCCCAGUACCUUUGUUAAUUCUCUUUAGAGUAGAAUCAUAUCGAUGAGCUCAUAAUCCAUGGUUCAGUUUCAGGAGAGAAAAGCUCAUUGUACAUUAACCAUUUAGAGAUCAUUUAAAUAACAAAAUAUUGUAUUGUACAAGACAUGUAGAAUUUUAAAACAAUAAAGAUUUGAACCUAUAAAUGUGUGUGCCUUUUCAAGGAGGAUGCAUUUUUAAUAUAUUUGAGUGAUUGCCGGAAAGUGUGAAAUCUGUCUGUAUCAUAUGGAAAGAGAAACCUGUUUAUUACAAAAAUGUGCUUUAACGAUAUACUAUGUAACAGGGUGAAACAGUAUUAUGUAGACUAGAAUUGUGUAAACUAGAUCUUUAGACAAGUUGCCCCUGAGCAAAGGUGUUGAAAUGAGUUGGUUAAGAUUGUUGCGGAUUUGUUGUAGAGGACAAUAAAAUGAUUCUUUUUCAAAAAUACUUAAUUUCUUCUGAAAAAUAAGUUAAAUAUUUUUUUAAAUAUGUGUACCUAAUAGUACAGAAAAUGGAACAACCACCAAUAGUGUAUAGAAAACUGAAUUUGACAACGUAUUAAUAAAUGAAGAAAUGAUUUGA